CACUGCCCGCAAAUCAAAGCCUAACGCAUGCCCAAUACAAUUAUCGGAGCGUAGAAGUUGAUAGACUGUUUCUGGUUGAUGCGAGAGGAUCACUCUACUACUUCUGAUUGUAGCAGACGAUAGAGCAGACGGCAGUGGAAGCACGGAAACAUGGGUACACUCGGCCUGUUUUCGCUUUUAAAUGUCCUACUUGUCAUUAUCGUGCCAAAUCUCGUUAAUGGAGUUAACAACAGCCAUUGCCCGAUGAAAUUACGAGAGGCAACUAAAUCAGAUGGCGUCACGGCUGUUCUCGAGAAGCAUGAGACGGCUCUGCUUAUGAUGCUGGGGUUCGGUGGAUUCUCCAUCAUCCUGGCCCUCCUGCACAACGCCGUCAGGAAGCACUUCUACCACGACGAACACAACCUCGAUACGACGUUCGACGCCGGCGGCAACGUGUCCCUCAGUCUGACUGCCGUCACAGUGGCCUCCCAGCUCUUCUGGCCUGGUGAUAUCCUCCACAGCGCCACCCUGACCACAAAGAAUGGAAUCGCUGGACCGUUUUGGUAUUCUGCUGGCAUCAUGGCAAACAUCUUCGUAUUUCCGGUUCUUUCCGUACACUUCAAGACGAGAGCUCCCGGAGCCAAGACCUACUUACAGAUCAUGUAUGCGAGAUUCGGUAAAACUGCACACAAAGUGUUCUGCUGUUUCGCUCUGCUGACCAACCUCGUCAUCACAGUGGGAGUUCUCUUGGCGGGCCGGGCCACCAUCCAGUCUCUGACGAAACACGCAUCCGACGAAUUCUCUGUCCUCAUAAUGGCGACCCUCUUUGGCUCCUACUCUCUGAUUGGUGGACUGGGCACUACUUUCUACGUGUCGUACUUCAACGCCGUCCUCGUGUUUGUUUUGUUGAUAGUGUUUGUGGUGAAGAUCCUGCAUAACACGGAUUCUGAAUUCGAGAAUAUUGGAAACACGGAGAAAAUGUACAGUGCCAUCGUGUGUCUGCACGGACCGGAAGACAGCGAACAGAACAGUUACUUGACCUUCAGGUCAUUUCCGGCUUUCCUUUACGGCGUCAUCGAGGUGUUUGUGUCGUCUGCGGUGACCUACUGCGACCAGGCGUCGUGGCAGAGUCGUAUAGCGGCCAAGCCCGUGCAGGGCGUGUGGGGGUUCAUCCUAGCAGGGUUUGUGUGGUUCUCCAUUCCUUCUACGAUGGCCACGACGACAGGAAUGGCGUACCUAGCCAUUAGCGCCACCAAUGGUAGUCAUAUUCUUACCAGAGGAGAGAUUGAUGAAGGUUUGGUGACGCCUCUUAUCGCUGAGAAGAUUCUUGGGUCAGCGGGAGGUAUCUUGGUUCUCACCAUGGGGGCAAUGGCACUCAUGUCAACGGGGUCAGGCGAGGUCAUGGCCAUAUCAUCCAUCAUCGUAUACGACAUAUAUCAGACAUAUAUACAACCAUUCAGGAGGAAUCUUGAGAGCAUUCACUGUUUGCUGUGCGGUCGCACCAAGAAAAGCUUGAAGAAAAGCCAGGGCGAGGAGAACACCGCAGAAGAAUACUGCUCGUGCAUAGACGUGACCAAGUGUGAAGACUGUUCCCGCGACAUGAAACCGCAGAAGGACGUGAACUUCUCGGAUAAGAAACAUUACAAGUGUACGACUCACGGUCGCUACCGAGAAUACCGGGACCUGCUGUUCGAGUUCAAGAACUGGUGCAUCGUGUGGGUGACCAUCGCCAUCAUUCCUCUUGGGCUGGCCACCUUCGAGUCCGGCAUCGAUCUCAACUGGAUGUUUUAUUCGGGAGCCAUCGUGACGAUUCCGUGUUUUCCGCCAGUCUUGCUGUCCAUCAUGUGGGUCAAGGCGACUGGAAUCGGGCUUAUCAUAGGAAGUCUAUCGGGUCUGGUUUGCGGCAUAUCUGCGACGUUACUGACGGCGUCGUUUUACGAAGGCGGCCUGAGCAAGUUUCUCCUGAACACCGCCCAGGACUAUGCCCUCCUUGCAGGUACGAGCACCAGCUUCGGCAUCAGUCUCACUGUGUGCGUCAUCGCGUCAUAUCUGACCCACAAUAUCAAGACCCAAGAAGACGAGAACGUCGAAUGGCUAAAAAUGUACGACAUAGACAACCCCAUCAGCCCGUGGGAGCUGAAUUUCAGGGAUGAUUUCAAAGGAGUGGAGUAUGACGUGCGGCCGUCGGUUGAACAGAUGAAUACUGCCUUUCGGAAAGCCAAGUUGUGUGCCUAUAUUGGCGGCGCCUGCAGCAUAGCGCUCUUCACCCUGAUUAUUCCCAGCAUCAUGGCCAGCUUUUCUGUAAUGGAUCAGACUCAGUUCUCCAUGUGGCUGACGUUCACCCAGGCCUGGGCUGUUAUCAUGGCCAUCAUUGUAAUCGUUGCACCUCCGGCAGAGGAGAUUUCCAGAAUCGUAAAGCAGCUAAAUAAAAACAAAGGGUUGCAGUUACACGUGCUGAAGAUGUCGAAUCAGGAGUCACACGAACUGGUUGUUAAGGACAACGAACAUAUAGUCAAUAAUGAACCCACACAUGUCUGAUUUUACAUGAAUAUAAACUGAAUACAAACUUGAUGUAAUACGUUUGUAUCCUGUUUUUCAUACGAACGUUAGCAGAAGACUUUAAAACAAUAUUUAUUACCAAAAAUGAACUGGUAUUGGAUUUGUCAAUAGGCGGCGUUUAUUAUUAGUAUGUUAAGACUCUCCAAAAUAAAAUAAUACAAAUGCAGAUUACGCAGAUAAAAUGUAUGUGGAUUUGAUCAAAUGUCUGUAAAAUAGUAAGACAAGGAACUGAGACGAGUACACGAUAGUUAGAUGCAUUAUCAUGUAAUGUUAAAUAUGAACGAGAUAUGGUCGCACUUAUUGUUAUAUGAUAUUGCUAUGGAAUACCCCUGUGAGACCCAGGCAUAUGACCCAAUGGCUCUGUUGAUGUUGGUGUAAGAAAUGUCCAGAGUUAGCUCGUUCAUCCUUGAAACUGUGUUGCAGAUUGGCAACUGUGGGUCUCAUAGAGACAAAAACGAUCGAGUGCAUAUAUUGUGGAUAAUGUAAAUACCUUAUAUCAAGUAAAUAGGUGGAUCUUAGAAUUGUCUCCGGGGAAUUUGUGAGCGUCAGUAAAAUAGAUCCAUAAUAUUUAUGAGCAACCGAAAGACCCUUCUGGAAAACGUAUACACUGUGAAUCGACAAGUGCACGCGUUCUUGCACAACAUUGUGGAUUGUAGAGUAGGCUAAUAAAGGCAGAUUAUUUCGUACGGGGUUGAUGUUUACGGUAAAAUACUGACAAUAGCAUACUAGUACCUCAGUAUCUCCUAGUAAUAUUUGUGUAUAUAAACACACAACUACGUCAUUGUUUCAUGUAGUAGGCUAAGUAGUUGGUAACACACAAUUCAACGGUUUUAGAAUGAAAGUAAGCAGUGUUUCAGGGUGAGGGGUAAAAACUAAUGCUCUCCCUCUUGCCACUUGAGAGUAGAAAUCGCUGGAGACGAGAACAGUUUAAAUGAAAAAAGAUUUUGUUUAACAACACCACUAGAGCACAUUGAUUCAUUAAUCAUCGGCUAUGGUAAUUUUGACAGUCAUAGAGAGAAAACCCGCUACAUAUUUCCAUUAGUAGCAAAGG